ACCCCGACGAAAUGUGCCCUUCUGCCCGUCUUGAUACGGUUGCUUGGUAACAUAACAUCAUUAGUAAUGAAUACAGGAGUGUAACAUAUUAAAUUUUAAACACAAACGUGAAUAAACUGAUAAAAAAAUGAUUUUUUAUAUAUUUUGUUGUCUUAUCGUAAGUAAUAUUCGCUUUAUACGGUUAAAAUCAUAAGCAUAACUUGAAAUCACGUUGAAAUUCAUUUGAAACAUAACUUUUUAUGAAUUCCAAUAAAAAAUAUUCAUAAUUAAAAAAAUUACAAUGCCUCCCAAUGGAUUCUUGUUCAGUUGACAUGACCUUUUCAAAGUGAAACCUUGGAAUGUCGAAAAAAUGGAAGAAAUUACUACAGUCAUUAUGUAAUAAAGGCAAGGAUGAAAAAAAGGAAUGGUAUGGCUUUGCAAUGAGCGAACUGCAGGCAACAGUAGAGUUCUCUGUUGAGCUCUGCAAAUUUUAUAAUGUUGACUUAUUUCAAAGAGGGUUUUACCAAAUAAGAGCUGCCCUCAAAGUAUCCCCUAAAUUACCUGUCAAAAUUGAAGCCUCCAUCCCCACCACCCAAACCAAAAAUUUAUCAGGUGAAAAUGAGCUAGGUUUUCCAGCUUGCAUUUUGAAUGGAGUUGGUGUUAGUCGAACAUUCCAGAUAUUAUAUCGUAAUGAAGAAGUAUCUUUGGAUGAUACUGUGCUAUUCAGGGUCCAUAUACUUGUAGAUAGUCAUAAGAUAGAAGAAAGUCUUGAGAGGGCCGACUUCAACAUUAAUUUGGAACUAUGGUUCACUGACCAGGCCCUUAUGACGGACCAGCAGACGAACAUAAGCUGUGUCUCAGUUCGCAAUCUUCAGCUUAGUUUCUCAGCACCAAAAGGCCUUCACUAUCACCUUCCCGUCCUCUUUGAUUAUUUUCAUCUUUCAGCAGUUACUAUUACGAUACAUGCUAGCCUUGUUGCUCUCCAUCAACCUUACAUCAAUACUCCAAGGAGUGGUAAAACAUGGCUGGGUACCUCUCAGAGGUAUAACUUCAGGCCUCAGUCGACUAUGGAGACUGUUUUCUUCAGUAACCUCAAUGGUAGCGGAAGCAGUGGGAAAUGUGUUGGAGGAGGAGGAAAAUUGGCUCAUGCUCGCCACGUGCACCGCGAAGUUUGCAAUAUCCUUGUCGCCUCUUAUGACUCUCUGUAUUCAACUCUUCAUCAAUACUUGAGGCUCGUUCACCAUGACAGGAUUGCCAAGGACAGCCAUAGGACUCUCCUUGCUGCCAUUCAGCAGAGGACGGCCUUUCUUCAUUCUGAGGCCCAUUGGGAGAGGUUAAGGAUGAUGGAGGGUGAAGAAGAAUUUGCUACAGUUGCCAAUAGUGAUAUUGCUCAGCUAUGUGCUGAGAACAUUGUUUUGUGGCAUCAGUUCUUAGAGCUUUGUUCCUGUCAACCACCAAUCAACCAGCAUUUAGCUGCUAUCCACCAUCAUCUCAGGGUUAAAAGAUUCGCUGAGGGAUUCUUUGUUCUGGACAAUCCACGCCAGUCUGCUGCGGGUUGUUACGAUCAGAACUAUCAGACCUAUCUUGCUGUCUCGGAGCUGGCCAAAAGGAGAUACCUCAGUUUACUUCCUCAACUCCCAGUGCACUGCCCUCAGCUCGAUGGUGAUGUUAACACUCUUCCGGUAAUCUUUGAAGACCAGUACCAAGAUGUUGCUGAGUUCGCUAGAAGGCGAUCAGCAGCACGAAAAGCUGGUUCAGAUCCAUUCUUGGCAAGUUGCGGCCUGGAAGAGAAACCUGAAGUGACAGGUCCUAACCCAGGUACACUCCAGUUAGCACAGCCUGAAGAUUGCUCAUGUGGAAUUUCGGCCAUACUACAAGCUAGGUCGAAGCAGAGUUCAGCCUCUCAAAGAGGUGGUGUGUGGUCUGAUUAUGAGGCUAGGCAGAACGGAGCCAACACUUGGGGGCUAGCCCCUGGGGCACGCCACAGUAAGUCCUUGGACCACCUCCUCAGGGCCCCAGUCGCUGUAGCGCUUCAUCAUGGCCACACGACGAUGGUUAAGAGGGAACCAAGCCAUGACCAGCAAGCCUUGCUAGUUGGUAGAGGAGAAUCAAGAACCCUUCCGAUUCGGGGGAAAAUGAAGAAGAAAAAGACACUUUCGCAGGUCAAUAAUGCAGCUGCAAACGAGAGGGGAAAGGUUUGCAACGGAAGAAGUGGCGGCCCGAAUCGAGGGAAACAGCAUUUCUCCACGCUCCCAACCAGGAGGAGAGCCAGGCAACCAUCCCCGGCCCUACUUCACAACGGCCUCCCUGAAAGUGGAAGUAAUAGACUAAUCAGUGAUAAGAACCAGCUGCAGCCUCAAGAGUCCAUCAGUAACCAGCGCCUGGAGUCGAGUGCCAGCGUGCCUCAGCGACUAAGUGAUACGCAGCAGCAAGUAGAACAUCGCCGAACCCAGCCAACCGGAUCAAUGCCAAACCUCGCCUCUAGUCCGCUGUCUUCUUCGUCUUCUUCAGACAUCACGUCAGAACGUUCUGGUUGGGUAUCUUCCCAUCGGUCCAGCCCUUCAUCCAGUCCGCCUCCAGGAAGUGAUAAUGGCGUGAAGGAGGAUGAUUGGAAUACAGACCACACCUAUGAAGAGGUGCGUCUUCCCCCUCCUUCAGAGUUCCGAGACCCUCCCCCUCCUGAGCCCUUUAGGGAUCCACCUCCUCCGUUGAACCCUGCCUCAUCCGAGGAAGAGAAACCGGGAGUCCAACCUAUAGAUAACCUCCUCUACCACGUCUACGAGAGCGUCAGGCAGAGGCACAGGCACCCUUCUGCUCCCGAAGCAAGCGAGAGGAGUCCUGGCAAACAAGAGGAGAACAUGUGCGAAUGUUAUGAAACUGGGAAACGCCUUGUUCUUAGUGUAGAUAUGGAAGAUACCACCUUUCAUAAAUCAAAAGAAGAAUUUAAGAAACAAAUUAAUUUUACUGGAAUGAUAUACAGUGAUGCACCUACGUUGGUGUCGACACUGCCGUACUUCCAGAUUCCGGAAGACGAGAGAGUCCUGAGCCCAGAAGGGGUUCACCUCAUCGUCUGUGUCCACGGCCUCGAUGGCAAUUCGGCCGACCUGAGGCUGGUCAAGACCUACCUGGAGCUCGGCCUACCGGGCGCUAGGCUGGAUUUUUUAAUGUCUCAGGGAAAUCAGGGUGAUACAUUUUCUGACUUUGAUACAAUGACAGACCGCCUGGUAGCGGAGAUUCUGUACCACAUUGAAGGCGCCGGAGGUGUGAUGCCCAGCAGAGUGUCGUUUGUUGGCCACUCCCUCGGUAACAUUAUCAUCAGGGCAGCCAUCGGACGCCCGCAACUCAAGCACUUACUUCCGAGGCUCUAUACUUUUUUAUCAUUGUCUGGGCCACACUUGGGUACCCUCUAUAACAAUUCAGGCCUGGUCAACAUGGGAAUGUGGUUUAUGCAGAAGUGGAAGAAGUCUGGUUCGCUGCUGCAGUUGUCUUUAAGGGAUGCUCCCGACGUCAGGGAUACCUUCCUGUAUCGGCUGUCCCAGCGUUGCAACCUUACCUAUUUUAAGCAUGUUUUGUUAUGUGGUUCUUCUCAAGACCGUUAUGUCCCUCUACAUUCUGCGAGGAUAGAAUUAUGCAAAGCUGCAGUAAAAGAUACUUCUCCAAUAGGAAGUGCUUACCGGGAAAUGGUACAGAAUAUCAUGUGGCCACUGGUGAGGAAGCGUGAUGUGACUCUGGUUCGCUACGACGUUCAUCACGCCCUGCCUUCGACUGCCAAUUCUCUCAUUGGCCGAGCGGCUCACAUCGCAGUCUUAGAUUCAGAGCUCUUCAUUGAAAAAUUCCUCAUCGUUGCUGGCCUCAAAUAUUUCAGGUAGUCUCUGCCAUACUUUUUAAUGAAGUUUGUGCCAACAUCCUCCUUGUUCUUUGUAACUUGUGAAAGUCAUGAUAGCUGAACAAAACACCUAACAACACUAUUUUAUUAAAAUGUCUUUUACUGAACAAUUUU